CCAUGUCCUCGUCCGCCACCAUCGUCCACGACACGUCGGAGGCGGUGGCGCUGUGCCCGGCGCUGGGCCUCUACCUGAAGCCCAUCACCAAGAUGACGAUCUCGGUGGCGCUGCCGCCGCUGCGCCCGCCCGGCAAGUCCAUCUCCAACUGGGAGGUGAUGGAGCGGCUGAAGGCCAUGGUGCAGGCGGCGCACGCCGCGCCCUCCUGCGCCCUGCGCAUCGCCAAGAGCACGCUGGACUUCGUGCGCUUCGAGGGCGAGGUGGAGAACCGGGCGCUGGCGCGCGCCUGCCUGGCCUGCCUGGACGGCAAGACCAUCAAGCUCAGCGGCUUCGCCGACGCCCUGCGCGUCCGCGCCGCCGAGUUCCGCCUCGACUUCCCCUCCCGCCACGACUGGGACGCCUUCUUCCGCGACGCCGACGGCAUGGACGAGGCCCGGCCGGCGAGCGCCCCCGACACCAUCCACCUCGAGGGGCUGCCGUGCCGCUGGUUCGCCCCGCGGGGGGCGGCGAACGCCAACACCGCCGCCAACGCCGCCGCCACCGGAAGCCAGAACGCCGCAGGAUCCGGCGAAACAGUCGGCGGUCGGCCGGUCAGAACGGUCGGCGUCGGCGGGUCGGCCGGGUCCGACGGUCGGGUCGGAGGCGGGGCCGGGGGCGGGGCCGGGGCCGGGUCGUGCCCCGGGGAGCGUCCCAGCGAGGCGCUGCUGCGGCAGGCGUUCGGCGCGUUCGGCGAGAUCCGGCGGGUGGACAUCCCCAUGCUGGACCCGUACCGCGAGGAGACGGCGGGGCGCGGCUUCCACACGUUCGGCCUCGGCGGCCACCUGCACUUCGAGGCCUACGUGCAGUACCGCGAGUACGCCGGCUUCGCCCGCGCCAUGGCCGCCCUGCGCGGCAUGAAGCUCAUGUUCAAGGGCGAGGACGGCAAGGCCGUGGCCUGCAACAUCGUGACCUUCGACUCCACGAAGCACCUGAGCGACGCGUCGAUCCGGCGGCGGCAGCUGGAGCGGCAGAAGCUGCAGGAGCUGGAGCUGCAGCGCCAGGAGCAGAAGCGGCGCGAGCGCGAGGCGGAGGAGCGGCGGCGGGCGGAGGAGCGGAAGCAGCGGGAGCUGGAGGAGCAGGAGCGCGCCCGCCGGCGCGAGGAGAAGCUGCGGCGCCGGGAGCAGCGCCAGCGUGAGCGCGCGUCCCGCCGCAGCCGGCGCCGGGCGGAGCGGGCGGCGCAGGAGGAGCAGCGGCGGCUGCGGGCGCGGGUGCGGGUGGAGGAGCGGCGCCUGCUGCUGGCCCAGCGCACGCUGCAGGCCAUCCGGCUGGUGGCCGCGCUGCUGGGCCGCGCCAAGGCGGCCCGGCUGCGGCAGCGGCAGGAGGAGCGCCGCCGGCUGCAGGAGGCGGAGCUGCGGCGCGUGGAGCGCGAGAAGGAGCGGGCGCUGGGGCUGCAGCGGCGCGAGCGGGAACUGAGGCAGCGGCUGCUCGCCCUGCUGCUGGGCCGCGGCGGGGGCGGGGCCGGGGCCGGGGGCGGGGCCGGCGGAGGCCACGCCCACCCCACAGGCCACGCCCCCAACCCCGGCCCCGGCCACGCCCCCGGCGACCCCGCGGCCCCGCCCACCCCGGCCGCCGCCGCCGCCGCCGCCACGGACGCCCUGCUGCGCCCCGUGCUCGACAUCCUGCACCGCGUCACCCGGGCCGGCCGCGCCCCGACCCCGACCCCGACCCCGGCGGUGACCCCGGACGGCGACCCCGCGGACGGGUUCGAGGACACCGGGGCCGACGACGGCGACCGGGACGGCGAUCGGGAGGCCCCACCGCCGCCGCCGCCGCCCCGGCGCCGCCUUCGCGAGAAGGAGCGCGGGCGCGAGGGCCGGCGCAGCCGCCACGGCCGGCGCCGGGGCGGGGACGAGCGGGCCGACCCCUCGCGCUCGCGGUCGCGCUCCCCCCGCCACCGCGGCGGCGCCUGGAGCCGUUGA